UGGCUGCUUAAUAAAAGGGGCUCCGUCUGAGCAUCAGGGCGGAGGGGGCAGGGCUCAGGCUCCAGUCUGAAGUCUGUGCCCGAGCCAUGGCAGCAGCUGUUCAUGUUCUAAGCUAGCGGUUCUCUCCCAGUUAAUUCUGAGCUAUUAGCAGAUUUCAGAACUGCCUGUCCAGAUGAGCUGUCAAUAUCAUUUAACAGCUGUGCCCCUUCUGCUCCUCCGUUUAUCAGCCAAGAGAGAUUAAAACAGCCAAUAAUGUGUGUAAAGCACAUCGAUAAGACUGGCACGUGGUAGGUGCUGAAUUAAAAUGAUUCAAGACUAGCUUCCCCUUAUCCUGUCUUCCCAGGGCCUUUUUCCCUCCCUCUGGGUUCUAGUUGUCGGCUCCCUGUAGCGUGGAAGUCUUACAGGAAAUGAGAAGUAGUUGCUGCAAAAAACACGAAGCCCAAGGAAUUCCCUGGCAGUCCAGUUGUUAGGACUCGGCGCUUCCACUGCCAGGGGUCCGGGUUCGAUCCCUGGUCAGGGAACUAAGAUCCCACAAGCUGCGUGCUGCGGCCAAAAACAAACCAACAAACACGAGGCCCUGACUCCUGGGAGAGCACUGAGGUUAGCCUGGUGCACAGGGCAUGGCCGCGUGCCCAUUGUGGCACUGAUGCUUCUCCUGGAGGGGCCUCCUGCCUCUGUGUCAGCUGCAGCCCUGAGAUCCAAAGGGGUUCCAGGGCUCUGCUGCUUGAGGGAUUUGCCAGGUGUUGUUAGGUACUUUACACACCCAUAGUCGUUUAAUCCUCCCAGGUGGGAAUGGUUGUCACUGGUUUACUGAUGAAAUUUAGGGAAAUUAACUAACUUGGCUAAAGACACAGGGUUAGUGAUGAAGCUGGACUCCCAGACGCUAAAGCCUGUAUUUUUUGAUUCUGUGCCUCUAGUGCAUCUGCACCUCAGGACUGAUAGGCACCCUACAUGUUCUACAAGUAGUGCAAGCCAGGGACAGAAGGGCAGAGUGGUGGGAAUAAAACCAAAUCACCAAACCCUUAACCUUGAGGUCCUAUUUUAAUACCACUCAUUCCUCCCGUUAGCCGUGGGCUCACUUGUGUGGCUGAGAUAGGCGGUUCUAGAGUUCCACAGACCAGCCAGGGGGCUGGAACUCACCCUUGGCUGGGGGUCCCCUUGCUUGUCAAUAUGGCAACUGCCGUAUUUCUCUUCUUUCUCCAAGCCUGGGCACCUGACCUCCAGAGUUACUUCUUUCUGUUUUCAGACGCCUAGGUCUAGGUGUGUGUUAGUUAGAACUCUUGGCCACUACUAAAGAUUCGCUUAAGUUGGCCUGAACGAAAUAAGGACACAGAAGCAUGCUGUGGACACCAUGGGCAAGGACAGAACCAGUUCUCAGGAACGACCUAGUGCCAGGGACUCAGACCCCACAAAGACCCUCUCUAUCUCACUGUACUUUCUGGGUGGGGUUCAUGCUGUUUCCUCAGCUGCUCCAGUCUGUGACUUAGAAUAUACGCCUGCCAGCAGCUCUGUUUACAUGACUCAGUCAUUCGGAGAGACUUAGAAGUCCCAGUGCCAACUUCAUGGGAAUGUGAUUCCAAUUCAGUGGUUUGGGUUAGAUGGGUGGGAACAUGAUAUAUGAACAAGACCUCCAAGAAUCCUACUGCAGUACCCAUGUGUACAUGGGGUGGUGAUGGUGGAAAUAAAGAUAUUCCUCAAAAAAGUUGAUGGGGGUAGCAGUUGGGGUGGAGUGUGCUCUGGGAAGUCAACAAAACAGAUGUUCACAACCAGUGUAUUCAUCACCCAGGAUGGCUUAAGAAAAAUUUGCUCUGGGCUCAUCCUUUCUUUCUGGCCAUUUUUCUUAUAACAGAUCAGCUGCACCAAAAAUACCACCCUCAGAGGUUCUGCUUUGUUAGAUCCAGGAUAGAUCCAUGAGGUGGACACUGCAAGUUGCCUUUCCAAUAUCCAUUUUUCCCUUCCUCCUUACUUACAAAAUAAUUUUGUUCAAGGAGGGCAGUGCACCCAACUAAAAAUACUCAUAUUCCCAGACUCCCUUGCACCAGUGGGUGGCCAUGGGGCAUGGUUUUGGCUCAGGAGAUGCAAGUAGAAGUUGGCUAGGGAUUUCUGGAAAUGUUUUUGCUUUUCCUAUUAUAGAUAUCACCCAUUUCUCCUCUUCCCAUAUCCUCUUCCUGCCCAGAAUUCAAAUGUACCUCCUGAAGUACAUUCUUUCAUUGAACAAAUAUUUACUGAGCACCUGUUACCCGUAUAUUCCAAGUACUGUUCUCAGUGCUGGGAAUACAGCAAUGAAUAGAACAGACAGAAGCCCCUGUCUUCACAGUGCUUAAUUUUAGGGUGGGGAGAAAAACAUUAAACAAAAAAAAACUAUUGCAGGGUCAGAUGACAAUGUGAAUGGCCAAGAAAAAUAAAGCAGAGAAGGGAGACGGGGAGUUCUAGGUACUGAUGGUGGUGGUGAUGGAAAGGGAUUGGGGGGUUGUAGUCACCCCCUUAUUAGUCACUUACUAAGAAGAUGACAUUGGAGCAAAGUCCUGAAGGAGGUAAGGAAGUGGACUCCAGGAGAGGGAAAGAAAUGCAAACUUCAUGGGUGAGAGUAUGUCAGGCUUGUUCAAAGAUAUUGCAACCCUGAGGCAACAAGCAUAACACGUAAAGGUUGAUGGAGUGGAGAGACCGUGAGUCCCAAGUCCCUGGCAGGGUUUGCGCUGCUGCAUCAGCUUGGGUCUGUCCACUUCUAGACUUCUAAUGGUGCCAGACAAACUCCCAGGGGUUUAAGUCAGUGUUAGGGGGGACUUGCCAGGAAUCUGCAUGUGAAACGGGAUUUGCCAGGAUUCUGAAGGUGAUUCCAAUGAACGCUCACUCAAGUAUGAGAAUCUUAGUUGCAGCCAUUUGUGAUUUUGUGUCAUACUCCUUUGGGCCUGCCCUUCAAGCACCGGCACUGGGGCCACCUGCUUGUGUAAACACCAGGACUGCCCUCCUCGGGGGUGGUAGAGGCAGAGGGCACAGAGCCACUGGAGGGCACCUCGGAGCCCCUGUGUUCAACCACAAGUCCUUUCUUUACAACUGGCCCGGGGGAGGCUGCUACCUUGUUUGGUCUAGAAAACCAAAGGGAUUAUUUGUUAACAUCCAAAGCUCCCAUUUUGCAAUAAGAAAAAGUAGACCCAGAAAAAGAAAGUGAUUUCCAGAAAGUCACACAAAUGGUGUGCAAGCUGGGCCUGGAGAGCAUAAGGACUUAUUUGCUAGACACACUGGUUAUGUUUUUUGUUGUGUGUUUAUUUUAUUUGGUUUUUAAAAAAUAAUUUAAAACUCACAGAAAAGUUGUGGGUAUCACACUAAGAAUUACCAUGUACUCUUAGCCCAUAGACCUCAUUUAAGUUUUGCCAACUGACCCUAGAAAAACCUUUAUAGCAAAAGGAUUCAAUCCAGGAUCAUGUGUUGUAUUUAGUUAUCAUGUCUCUUUAGUCCCCUAUCUAGAAGAAUUCCUCAGUCCAUUCUUGACCUUUAUGCCGCCUUUAAUAUUCUUUAAUAUUACAGGCCAGUUAAUUUGUAGACUGUCCCUCGAUUCAGGUUUGUCUGAUAUCUCCCAUGAUUAGAUUCAGGUGAUGCACAGAAGUGAUGCUGUCGUCCUUUUACUGUAUCCCAUUAGGUGGAACAUGAUGACAUGGCUUUGUCCUAUUACCGGUGAUGUUAAGUUUGAUCAUUUAUUUAUUUAUUGAAGUGCCUUUUUUUAAAAAAUUCAUUUAUUUAUUUAUUUUUGUCUGCAUUGGGUCUUUGUUGCUGCGGGUGGGCUUUCUCUAGCUACGGUGAGCGGCGCUACUCUUUGUUGCGGUGCGUGGGCUUCUCGUUGCAGUGGCUUCUCUUGUUGCGGAGCACGGCCUCUAGGCACGCAGGCUUCAGUAGUUGUGGCAUGCGGGCUCAGUAGUUGUGGCUCACGGGCUCAGUAGUUGUGGCUCACGGGCUCUAGAGCACAGGCUCAGUAGUUGGCGGGGCUUGGGCUUACUUGCUCCGCAGCAUGUGGGAUCUUCCCGGACCAGGGCUCGAACCUGUGUCCCCUGCAUUGGCAGGCAGAUUCUUAACCACUGCUCCACCAGGGAAGUCCCAGUUUGAUCGUUUAUUAAGGUGGUGUCUGCCAGGCUUCUCUAUUGUAAAGUAGUCACUCUUUAUCCAUUUGUAAUUUUCUUUUUAACAUCUUUAUUGGAGUAUAAUUGCUUUACAGUGUUGUGUUAGUUUCUGCUGUAUAUCCAUUAGUAAUUAAUAAGCAUCUUGUGAGGGGAUAUUGUGAAAUUAUGUAAUAUUCCACUCCUCUAAGUUUUACCCAUGGUUUUAAUGUCCAUUGAUAAUUUCCUCCUUGAAUUGAUUAUUACUGUAUGGUUGCCAAACAGUGGCUUUUGACUUCCAUUAUUUUUCUUACAUUUAUUAGUUGGCAUUAACUUGUUAGAAGCUGCUUUCUCUUCUCCUUAUCUCUUUGUUUAUUUAUAUCAAUAUGGACUCAUGGAUUCUUAUUAUAUUCAGUGGGUUGUAAUCCAUUAUUACUAUGAUUUGUUUUGACACUCAAAUUAUCCCAGAUUUGAUCAGUGGCAGUGCCUUCAAGCUGGCUUCUGUGUUCUUUUGAAAUGUUCCCAUUACUUUUUGUAUACAUUCUUACUUUCUGGCACAGAAAGAUAUUCCAGACUUAUCACAAGAGUCCUGAUUCCUUUUAAUGGAGAAUGGUACACUUAUUUCUAAUGGCAGUCUGUACUCCCAGGAGUUCUCAAUGGACAGAGCUUGAAUUAAAAAUAUAUAUAUAUAUAUAUAUAGUAUAUACAAAGAUACACACACACUUUACAAUUGAAUUGAGUUUGCAUCUGAGUUCACACUGAUUCCCCCAAUUCCAACAAACAUCUAGAGUUCCUGUUUUUCAUCUUUAUAACUCUUUUCUCUGACAGUUGAGAAACCUGGCUCCCACUAACCUCAAUAUACUGUAUUUACUUAUUUGCCCAAUUCCCUUGUUUGUGGCCAAUUUCUUGACCCACACAGGGCUGCCACCCUGCUCAGCUGUCUUCCUCACAUGAGCGCCAACACCUCCACCAGGCCGUGGUCUGCGCAGCCAUGCCUAAUGAUGGAAUUACUAAGGAGGGAGGAAACAAAGGAGGGAACUGGGAGGUGAGGGGUGGGGAAGGAGACAUUAUAUUUGAAGCAAAAACACUCCCGUUGUUUUAUAUCCCUCUCUGUGUGCUGCAGCAAAUCUAGAAAAGGACAAGAUGAUGAGAAAAGAAAGGAUGUGAAGUAGGAUGUGAAAAGUAGGAUGUCCCUACUCUAGGGGUUUGCAAAUUGAAUAGUCAGGGAGAAAUUCUUUCUGAAUGCUAAGAGCAGAAACACCCAGUGUGCUCACCACCCAGGCUCACUGUGCACACAUCUGGCUUCCACCUGGGGCUGGUCCUCACCGGUGCAUUGGCUGUAGCAUGCCCAUCUCCCGUGUGCCCCUAGGCAAGUCAUCCAACUCCCUGGUUCAUCUAAAUGAUGACCUUUCCCCACCCCACCCCCUCACCAGCACUUACUCAUGAUAAGAGGCGCUCCAGAAUUUACAAAGAAUAAAGAGCCCUAUACGUGUAAUGGGUUAUUAUUAUAGUUGUGUCGGGAUAUCAGGUCAGCUGCCUAAAUGGAGAUCCCAAAUAACUGGGGCUCAAACAAAACAGAAGUUUCAUUACUCUCUCGUAUAGUAACAUGGCUAUACGGGGACCACGGCUGGUUUGCUGACUGAUAGGGCUGUUCCAUGGGAUUAGAGACCUACACUCCGACCUUGUUGAUCCAACAUCUUUAGAGUGUUGUCCUUGUCCACAGGGCCAAGAUACUCAUCACUACAUCUUCGCUCAGGUACCCAGGAAGGGAGAAAAGGAGGAGUAGAGGGCAUGCCCUGUUCCUUAAUGUGAACCUGGAAGUUGCAUAAUCCCAUUGGCCAGAACUUUCUCACACCUACCUUCAAGGUCGAAUCUUUGUCUUUAUUCUGAGUGGCUAAUAAUCAGAGGUUUUAUUAAGGCACAGCUGUAUGAAUUGGCUCUGUUUCUGGUCACAAGGUAAUCCCUGUAUUUUCUGGGCUCCUCAUAUAAUGGCCUCUGCAAAGUCCAGAUGUGUCUCUGCCACAGACAGCAGAGCCAAGAUUUGCAGGACUUGGACCUUAUACAAUUUUGGAGAGAGGAAGGAUAACUCUUACCAAGAAAAAGAGAGAAAAUAAUGAAACAAAAUUAGGUAUGGGAGUGAAUACGUAGAAUGCGAAAAUAAAUCACAAAUUACACAAUUUAGAAGCUGACAAAUACCACAACAUCACAAAUAUUAUUUAAAUACCUGACAGACCUCUCUAAAACUUUUUCCCUGCAUUUUCCGACUGUGCACUUUUUGGAUGUGUCUGAAUACGACAAUAAUUUUAUGCUAUUUUCUAGCCAAAAAAACCAGAAACAUAAUUCAGUCUUUCUUUUAAAAUGGUUGACUAAAAUUUUUUAUAUUAUUGAGAGUUUAGGAAAGUUUCUUUCUGCUUCAAUUCAUUAUUGGUAAUGUCAUAUAAAUUUUUAGAAUUAUGAUUAACUUUGGGAAAACCUCUAUAAAAUUACUUUCAUACAUGCACUAGAGGAUCUCAGGGCAUUUCAAGUUAUUCGUGUGUGUGUGCAAUAACUAAUCUUAGAUACUGUUUGAAAUAAUAAUGCUCAUGCUCAUUAACCAGUUUGUUAACAAUGUCCUAAUUGUAAUGGCUUAUUAUUAAUUUUUUAUAUCUUCAUAAGUCAGCAUUCGGGGGGAUGCAGAAAACAUACAACAUACACACAGAUGUACUAGCUCUUUUAGUACUACAAGACUGUCCCUGUAAACACAAGAAUUCCUAUAAAUUCUCUUUUGCACAAGUUCCAUCAAAGAGAGGGAAAAAAUGAAUGGUGUGUUUGUGAUUAUAUGCACUAUGUCAUGUACAUUCCUGACAGAAGGGAACUUCCAUGUUGAUCAGGGAUUGAUGAGAACCAAACAGUCCACUUAUACUGUUUUGCUGUCUGACAACUGGAAGAGUUUUCUACAGACCAGCUUUUGGCUUUGUAAAUUUCAGACCUUGUCUCUCCUUCACUACCCACCAAGGUUUGGUGCCAGGCACUGGGGAACUCUUUGUUAUCAGUUUAUGGUCUCUGGCCCUGAACCUUCAUGUUUUACCACCAUCGUGGGUGAGUUGGCAGAGUGAGUGAUGGGAGUAUUCCUGGCAGCCCUUCCUACACUAGGUUAGCUACCAAUAUUUAUCUAUACAUUUAUCUAUACAUCUAGACUGUGAACCACCUAAAUAUAUCCCAUUAAACCAAACUAAAUAUGUCCCCAACUCAACUUCCUUCCUUUUAGCUAGAACUAAAAAUGCAUGCAGCCAUGUCUUGACGGUAUAAGGGAACUAGGAAUGAAUGGAGACAGUGGUUUUAAGUGACUACAGUAAAAAUAUCUUACUUUUAGAAAAUUUUUUUUCAAUUUUAUUUAUUUAUUUAUUUUUGGCCGCAGGGCUUGCAGGAUCUUAGUUCCCUGACCAGGGAUUGAACCUGCGCCCUCUGAAAUGAAAGCUCAGAGUCCUAACCACUGGACUACCAGGGGACUCCCCCAAUUUUAUUGAGGUAUAAUUGACGUACAGCACUGUAUAAGUUUAAGGUAUACAGCAUAAUGACUUGACUUACAUACAUCAUGAAAUCAUUUCCACAAUAAGUUUAGUGAACAUCAUCAUCUUAUAUAGAUACAAAAUUGAAGAAAUAGAAAAAAAAUUUUUUCCUUGUGAUAAGAAUUCUUAAGAUUUACUCUCUUCACGACUUUCAUAUAUAACAUACAGCAGCGUUAAUUGUAUUUAUCAUGUUGUAACAUUACAUCCCUAGUACUUAGUUAUCUUCUAACUGGAAGUUUGUACCUUUGACUACAUUUAUCCAACCAGGUUCCCCGCCACCUCCCCAGCUCCCUGCAACCCGUAACCACAAAUCUGAUCUCUUUUUCUAUGAGUUUGUUUCUUCGUUUUGCAGUAUAACUGACCUACCACAGUAUGUUACUUCCUGGUACACAACAUAGUGAUUCAAUGUUUCCAUACAUUUCAAAAUGAUCACCACAAAAACUCUAGUUACCAUUUACUUUUAGAAUUUUUAAAGAAACAUACGCCUAUAUGAUUACAUUGUCAGGGCCUGUCACUGGACCCUGCAAGCAGGGUGUCUUGGGGUUUAAGCUUCAGUAUCUUCAUAGUAAAUCCACCUCAGCCCCCUUAGGUGUAGGCAGAGAUUUUAUGGCAGCGAUUCAAGAUAGGAAGCAACUUUGCAUUCCCCUUGGUACCCUAGCCCUGCUUUUCCUGCUCUCCCCUCCAUACCACUUCCCCUCCAACGUGCAUUCUGAAGACUUCUCUCCUUCUGAUAAAGAGAAUUGACAACAACAGUAUCACCACGGAUAAAUUCCUUAAUGUGAAACUUUUUUGUUUUGUUUUGUUUUUGUUUUUGUUUUUUUUCCGGUACACGGGCCUCUCACUGUUGUGGCCUCUCCCGUUGCGGAGCACAGGCUCCGGACGCGCAGGCUCAGCGGCCAUGGCUCACGGGCCCAGCCGCUCUGCGGCAUGUGCUCAGAAUUUUGAUGUCAUACGACUGUCAACUUACAGAACAGCUUGCAAAUUGCGAUUUGUGCAAAAACGAUGCAACCUACAUCUUGUUGAUAUUUGGAACAUGAUUGAAGCCUUCCGAGACAAUGGCCUUAAUACACUGGACCAUACCACUGAGAUCAGUGUGUCUCGCCUUGAGACCGUCAUCUCAUCCAUCUACUACCAGCUGAACAAGCGCCUUCCUUCUACUCACCAAAUCAGUGUGGAACAGUCCAUCAGCCUCCUCCUCAACUUUAUGAUUGCUGCAUAUGACAGUGAGGGCCGAGGCAAGUUGACGGUAUUUUCAGUUAAAGCUAUGUUAGCAACCAUGUGUGGUGGAAAAAUGCUGGACAAAUUGAGAUAUGUUUUCUCCCAGAUGUCAGAUUCCAGUGGCUUAAUGAUAUUUAGCAAGUUUGACCAGUUUCUGAAGGAAGUUCUGAAGCUCCCAACAGCUGUCUUUGAAGGGCCAUCUUUUGGUUACACAGAGCACUCAGUCCGCACCUGUUUUCCACAGCAGAAAAAGAUAAUGCUAAAUACGUUUUUAGACACCAUGAUGGCCGAUCCUCCUCCCCAGUGCCUUGUCUGGCUACCUCUCAUGCAUAGGCUUGCCCACGUUGAGAAUGUCUUCCACCCCGUGGAGUGCUCCUAUUGCCGGUGUGAGAGUAUGAUGGGUUUCCGGUACCGAUGCCAGCAGUGCCACAACUACCAGCUCUGCCAAAAUUGCUUUUGGCGUGGCCAUGCCAAUGGCCCUCACAGCAACCAGCACCAGAUGAAGGAGCAUUCCUCUUGGAAAUCCCCUGCAAAGAAGCUGAGCCAUGCAAUUAGUAAAUCCUUGGGGUGUGUACCCACCAGAGAACCUCCGCAUCCUGUUUUUCCUGAACAACCAGAGAAACCACUUGACCUUGCAAAUAUAGUUCCUCCUCGCCCUCUGACGAAUGUGAAUGACACCAUGGUGAGCCACAUGUCCUCUGGGGCGCCCACUCCCACCAAGAGGUUACAGUAUAGCCAGGAUAUACCCAGUCGCCUGGCCGAUGAGCAUGCGCUGAUAGCCUCCUUUGUGGCCCGUCUGCAGCACUGUGCACGUGUCCUGGACAGUCCUAGCCGACUGGAUGAGGAACACCGGCUUAUAGCUCGCUAUGCUGCCCGGCUGGCUGCAGAGGCAGGAAACAUGACCCGUCCUCCCACCGACUUGAGCUUUAACUUUGAUGCCAACAAACAACAAAGACAGCUUAUUGCAGAACUGGAAAACAAAAACAGAGAGAUCCUGCAGGAGAUUCAGCGUCUCCGUCUAGAGCAUGAACAGGCUUCCCAGCCCACUCCGGAGAAGGCCCAGCAGAACCCCACACUGCUGGCAGAGCUGCGGCUGCUGAGGCAGAGGAAAGAUGAGCUGGAGCAGAGGAUGUCAGCGCUGCAGGAGAGCAGGCGGGAACUGAUGGUCCAGCUGGAAGGGCUGAUGAAGCUGCUGAAGGAGGAAGAGCAAAAGCAGGCAGCUCAGGCCACAGGAUCGCCGCAGACGUCGCCCACUCACGGAGGCAGCCGCCAGAUGCCCAUGCCCGUGCACUCCACCUCCGCUGGCUCCACACCCACCCACUGCCCGCAGGACCCGCUGAGCGGAGUUGGCGGGGACGUGCAGGAGGCCUUCGCCCAGGGUACAAGGAGAGACCUCCGCAAUGACCUGCUGGUGGCCGCUGACUCCAUCACCAGCACCAUGUCAUCCCUGGUGAAGGAGCUCCACUCAGGUUAGCGGAGGAGCCGGGACAGAGAGGAAGCGCGGUUACAGAUCUUCCAGGCAGAAAAGCCAGGGCUGCAGCCCACGAUCCAGAAAAGGAACUUUCCCAGGCCCUUCUCAGCAGUAUUAUCCUGAAGCAGCCUCCGGGCUUUUCCUGACACCCCCGCCUUCCCCCGUCUGCACCAACCCGUUGGUUCUGUCCUGCUGGCACUCGAGGACCUGCUGUCUCUGAGCCUCCACUGACUCAGGGAUCGUGCAAGCUAAAGAUGGGCAGUGCGAGCUGCAGAAAUUGCCUCGCUGCCCCGGAAACCACGGACCCUCCAAGGCUGGGGCAGGCUUCUCCCUGAACUCACCGCGCAUGCAGACGAGGCCCUUCCUGACAGCAGGCCUUGGCUGCCGCGGCCACGAGGCAGUCAGGAGCUGACUUGCCCUCGGGGAGCCUGUCAGAGCCCCUCUCCUCGGGGCACACAGGAACUGGGGGACGAGGAGAGGCGUGUCUGCCACCUGGCCCACCACUCUUCGUGCACAUGAGGAAACUAAGGCCCACCACCCAGGAGCUCGGUGCCGGAACUGGAAUCGGAGCUGGGUCCUCUGCUCCUAGUGCUGUCCUCUGACCCCAGGAGGAAUAUUGAGAAACUCACCACUAGUGGAGAGUCAAAUGGAAAGCCUGCACACUCACGUGGACCCUUAAGUUCUGCUGUCCUCGGCCACGCAGCUAGGCUUUCUCCCCUUCCACUCAGCGCUUCUCAGCACAUCUCUGCCCUUCUCCUCAGUCACGAUUCUUCUUCCCAUGAAACCGCCACAUUCCAAACCUUGCACUGUGAACACAGUUCUUUCUUUCCUGGAAACAUUUCCUGACCCUGUGACCUAAGCAAGGACUCCAAAGACUCGAGAUACCCCCAGAAAAGAGAAUGCCCCCUUCCCUAAAAGGGGGUGUGAGUAUUGUCACUCUUGGCAUAUCCCGAGUUGAAAGGUAAGCGUCCCAGCAGCGCUAUCCUUGCACAUUGUCUUGUCCCCAGCAGACGUCAGCAGCCUUUGCUUGGAGACUCUUGGCAGUGCCCGGGAGUCACAGUGCGUCUGUCCUGCACAGGCACAGGGGACGUGGAGUGAGCUGGCACCGGCAGGAGGAAGGCGAGGUGUUCCCCCAGAGGCGCAUUCCUGUCCGUCUCUCCGCUGCUCACCUGGACCAGGCUUGCAGGCUUCCAGACGUCACCACCCGCUGGGGCGAGGGGAGCCCAGACGGUGGGAAGUGGGAGGGACUGCUGGUGCUGCCUCGGGCACACCCCCCCACCUCGCCCAGUCCUGCAUGAACUGGCAUCUUCAUCACUCCCCUCUGGGCAUGGUCUCAUCGCUGCAACAGGAAUUUACUGGAGGUUGAAAAGGGAAAAGAAACAGCACGAAUCUCC